UCCCGUGUGGUUCCCCCCCAACCCCCCCAUCCCAUCCCAAACCUUUCCCGGGCAUCCUGGGAUGGAGCUGAGCUGCGGAGUGGGGGGCAGCGCAGCCGCACCCCCGGGGCCCGGGCCCCCGCACCCCACCGCAGCCAACCCCCCCCCGCCACCGGAGGGCGAGGAGUACGAGAGCCUGCCCAGCGGAGCCUCCCUCGGCACACACAUGAUGGCCGGGGCGGUGGCGGGCAUCAUGGAGCACAGCGUCAUGUACCCCGUGGACUCGGUCAAGACCAGGAUGCAGAGUUUGCAGCCGGACCCCAAAGCCCAGUACAGGAGUGUGUACGAAGCCCUGAAGAAGAUUGUCCUUACAGAGGGGUUCUGGAGGCCUUUACGGGGGAUUAAUGUCACCAUGCUGGGGGCUGGCCCUGCCCAUGCCAUGUACUUUGCCUGCUAUGAACAAAUGAAAAAGUCCCUAAGUGAGACUCUCCAGCAGGGAGGAAACAGCCACUUGGCCAAUGGGUGUUUUUGUCUCUUGCAGGUAUAGCUGGGAGCGUGGCCACACUGCUGCAUGAUGCUGUGAUGA